GUUCGAGUUCCCCCCCACCCACCACCAUCACCACCGACCCCCCCGCAAAAAAAAACAUCCAUCCGACUGGACACCGAGUGCAUGAGUCAGGACGAUGUUUAACUCGGUCAAUCUGGGCAACUUCUGCUCCCAGACGCGAAAAGACAGAAGUACCGAAUUCGGGGACCGGACGGGCUGCGGCUCGAGCCUCUACCUCCCCAACUGUGCCUACUACGUGCCCGAGUUUUCUUCUUCCUCCUCUGCGGUGUCGUCGUUCCUGCCGCAGGCUUCCUCGCGUCAGAUCGCUUACCCGUACCCCACAAGCCUAUCUCACGUGCAGCCAGUUCGGGACGUGUCGUACGGACUGGAUCCGUCAGCCAAGUGGCACCACAGAGGGAGCUACGCGCCUUGCUACGCGGCAGAGGAAUGUCUUCCGCCAUCGUCCUCCAUGACGGAAAUGCUGAUGAAGAACGAGAGCGUCUAUAACAACCACCACCACCACCACCAUCAUCAUCCUCAUCAUCAUCACCUUCAUCAACAAGCCGGCACAAGCUUUUACCCAGCCACGGGGAAAAACAACAACGUCCUCCCGCAAGGUUUUGAUCGUUUUUUCGAGGGUGCCUACGGAGGAUCCGUAGAGGACUGCGUGCAAAAAGAAGAGGACGUUAGCAAACCGGAUCCGGUGGCGCGUACCGACCCAGAAAAAGACCACCAGCGCGAGGAGGAGGAUGAAGAGGAUGAGCAUGCCACCGGGACGUCGGGUGCCUCGUCCGCGGCGGCGAAAGACGACGGCGCCUGCAAAAACGAGCACUCCAGUGCAACUCGGACGCGAAAGAAGCGAUGUCCUUACACCAAGUUUCAGAUCCGGGAGCUCGAGCGCGAGUUCUUCUUUAAUGUUUACAUCAACAAAGAGAAGAGGCUGCAGCUCUCGCGCAUGUUGAACCUCACCGACCGACAGGUGAAAAUCUGGUUCCAAAACCGACGAAUGAAAGAGAAGAAAUUAAGCCGAGAUCGUCUGCAGUAUUUUUCCGGUAAUCCUCUUUUGUGAACUGUGUUGUUUUUUCUUCUUCUCGUAUACCGGAUAUUAUAAUAAUUCUCAAAAAAUGCAAUGCAAAGUUGAAUAAUAAUGAAGACAGAGCUUGAUUUUAAUACGCAAAAGUUGGGACAUUUAUGGACACAUGUUUUCCCCUCCAGCAUAUCUUGCUUUAUAAUGCCAUCAAUCUGAAGCAUAAAUGAUGUUAAGAAGGUUAUUACCUAAAGAAGGCUAUUUCCACCAACUAUAACUAUUUUACUCUAAAUUGUAAUGGACGUGUCGAUGAAGUUGUAAUUGUCUCUAAGAUAUUAUUAUUAUUAUUAUUAUUAUUAUUAUUAUUAUUAUUAUUAUUAUUAUUAUUAUUAUUAUUAUUAUUAUUAUUCAUUAGAACCUUUAUUUACAGGAAAACGCCCACCUUUGAGACUAUGCAAUAUGAUUAAUCACCAUUGUGUAUUAUUACUCACUGUAAAUAUGUACUUUUUAUUUUUCUUUUGAAUUUAUUUUUCAUUCGCAUUAAUCCAUUCUGGAGAACUGGAAAAGUGAAGAGAAGGCUGCAGAGUUUUCUAUUUCUAUACCAUUGUAAGCUGUUGUUUAUGCUAGCUGUUUACAUGUUACGCAAUGAAAAGGGAGAAAAGGGGAAGCGUUGAAUAUAUGCAUAUGCAAAUUUAAGAAUGUAAUAAAAAAACAAAAAUAAAGGAAUCUCAUUUCCUUAUUUAAUUCAACACGUAGCUUCUUUCUUAAAGUAUUUUGGAUUUGGAUUAUUUCUCUAAACUCGCUCAAACAGCCGAUUUUAAUCAAACAAGGAGAAAACUCGAGAGUUCAGGUCUAAAA